CAACAGUACACAAACCAGCUUGGGGACAUGCAGCAGACCUCUCGUCAACUUCUUAUCUAACGUUAUAAAGCCCACACUUUUGCAGGGGCAUAACCAUGCCUAAGAAAGGAGGAAAGGGCAAGCAGGCCGCAAUGACGGAGGAGGAGAGACUGCUCUACAUGCAGCAGAAAGCUCAGGCGGAGGAAGAGAUGGCCAAACGGAAGGAGGACAUGCUCACUCAGUUUCUCAAGGAGAAGCUGCAGAAGGAGGAGAAGAACAGCGCGGUGAACCUGCACAAACUGACACAGCAGUGGCGAGCCGUGCUGAGACAGACCCGCGCCACGGAGCUGCGCCGGGACAUCGCCAUACUCAGCCAGACCUUCGAGAGGGUGCUGGACCGCAAGGACAGCGUCAUCAAGAGUCUGGUGUGUGAUCUGAAUGAGGCGGAGCAGCAGUCGGCCCAGGCCCUGCGGGCCCACCUGAACUGCGUGGACCGGCUGCUGGAGCUGCAGAAGGGCCGGCUGGCCGUCCUCGGGCUCCAGUGGACCUCUAGCCUGGAGGAGCUCAUCUCUGAGUACAACUCAGUCAGGACACACCUUGUGACUCAGCAUCAGCAGGACACAGCGUAUGUGGCAGAUGUGACCUUUGCCAUGGAGCAGCACUACGUCGAGCUGGAGAAUGAGGCAAGGCAGGACUACCAGAGCAUGCAGGAUGAAAUCAAAAACAGGAACAUUGAGGAGAAGCACGCCCUGCGCGUGCAGCUGGAGGGGACCGUGGAGGAGCUGUGGGGCCAGUUCCAGCAGGCGCUGCGCAGCUACAACGAGGCCACUGAGGACCGCCACGUCUCCUUCGACGCACUGCGGACACGUGACCACAAGUCCGCCCAGGAGAUCGACAUGCAGAUGAGACGCCUGCAGAAGAUGCAGGACUCCAUUUCGGCUCUGCGUGUGCGGCUCAAUUCCAGCCAGCGGGAGGGGGAGACUGCAGCCCGUGGGUUGCGGUCAGCACGCGAGCAGGUGACCCAUCAGGCCAGGCAGCUGAAGGCCCAGCUCAGUCAGGCUCGUGCCGCAGAGAGAAACCAGCUGGCCAACCUCACCGUACACAGCAACACAGCUGCCAAGAAACUGCAGAGCAUCAUUGCUCAGGGAGAGAAGCUGUUGCGUCUGGCUGAGAUGUGCCGUAAGCUGGAGACGGAGGAGGAGAAGAUUCUGCCCUUCUACGAGUCGACCCUGAGUCCACAGGAACAGAGCCUUGAUAAGGCCCAGGCAUCAGAGCCACCUUCAGAAGAGCUGGCCAAGGUAACACACACACACUCUCCCUGGGUCGGUUUCUGGCAGCGGUACAACAAGGUGGUUCUGGAGCGUGCGUGUCUGGAGCAGGAGAAGGUGGGCCUGAGCCAGGAGAACCAGCAGCUGCGGCUGCUUCUGCGGCAAUACCUGGAGGGCAUCUCCGUCAGUGACGAGAUCUUGCGCCACCCAAAACCCGCUGCUUUAUGGUGUCCGCGCCAGACCCUCACCACGGCGACGCAAGCCUCUGGGUAGCCGCGGCAACCAACCACUCAAGCGCCACACCGUCAUCGAGGCAGCCCACGUGGUGCAGCACACGCUCUAGA